UGUACGACGGAAGAAAAUAUGUGGACGAAGCUUUAUAAAAGCAGCUUUUUGACUACUAAACAUUCUGGAGGAUCGACAUAUAUAGAAGAAAAUCUUCUAUUUUCAAACUUGUAAAGUCCUCUUUUGACAGCGAGCAUAGCCUGCACAGCAUUCUUCAGCUCUGAAGCUAUCAUAAACUGGUGUAGAGACAACAUCGCUUGGAGUCGUUCAUUCAUUCUACGAACACACGCUAAUAUUCUUUGUUAAUUACAAGGCAAUAUCAUAAAAAUGGAAUGUAAACUCUUGCCAUUUCUAGACCAGAAGCCUGAGACAUCCUCCCCAAAAUAACCAGUGUGCUUCAUGAGAGCACCGUUGGAUUAAUCAAAAUACAAACCAAAUAGAAAUUUAUCUGACAGAUUGCGGAUUCUUCCAUUUCUACCUAAAAAGACAGCAAACCAAAGGAAUUAGAGAUUUUUUUUUUGUGCAUGCCUGCAUCUCUACUUUAAUAGCCUUUUUUCCCAGGUGCACAAUUCCAGCUGGCGAUUACAUUUUGUAAUAAACUGUAAUAGUAAUUUAAAAAGGUAAAAAAUGGGACCAGCAAUGGAGGCAGUCGAUAUAGCAGUUGUUGGACUUUAUUUUGUCCUUGUGUUUGUAAUUGGUCUCCUUGCCAUGCGGAAAUCCAACCGUAGCACUGUCAGCGGCUACUUCCUGGCUGGACGAACCAUGAAUUGGGUAAUGAUAGGGGCCUCACUGUUUGUCAGCAACAUUGGUAGCGAGCAUUUCAUUGGCCUCGCUGGUUCUGGUGCAGCAAGUGGUUAUGCAGUGGGCGCCUGGGAGUUCAAUGCCCUUCUACUUUUGCAGCUGCUGGGCUGGGUGUUCAUCCCGGUCUACAUCCACUCUGGCGUAUACACCAUGCCAGAGUACCUCUCAAAGCGUUAUGGGGGCAGGCGGCUGAAGGUUUAUUUUGCAGCCCUUUCCCUUUUGCUGUACAUCUUCACUAAACUCUCAGUGGACCUGUAUGCAGGAGCUCUCUUCAUUCAGGAGUCUCUUGGCUGGAACCUUUACCUGUCAAUAAUCUUGCUCAUUGCCAUAACUGCCUUGUUGACUGUGACUGGCGGAUUGGUGGCAGUGAUCUACACGGACACUCUACAGGCUAUGCUCAUGAUUGGUGGUGCAUUAACCCUUACUGUUCUCAGUCUGGUCAAAGUAGGUGGUUUGGAGGGUGUACGGGAAAAAUACAUGGAGGCAGUCCCAAACGUUACAGCCAUCCUGGCUAACAGCAAUUUCAGCUUCAAAUACACAAACUCCUGCCGAAUCCAUCCCAAGCCAGAUUCACUCAAGCUCCUACGAGGACCGCUUGAUGAGGACAUCCCUUGGCCUGGCUUCCUGUUAGGUCAGACGCCUGCAUCCAUUUGGUAUUGGUGUGCUGACCAGGUGAUUGUCCAGAGAGUGUUAUCAGCAAAGAAUAUUGUCCAUGCCAAAGGUGCUACUCUUAUGGCAGGUAUGCUUAAAGUCCUUCCCAUGUUCAUCAUCGUCAUUCCAGGAAUGAUCUCACGAAUAUUGUUUCCAGAUGAGCUUGCGUGUAUCGGACCAGAGCACUGCAUGGCAGUGUGUGGCAGUCAGGCUGGCUGCUCCAAUAUUGCCUACCCUCGACUGGUCAUGAGUAUAAUGCCAGUGGGCCUUCGAGGGUUGAUGAUGGCUGUAAUGAUUGCUGCCCUCAUGAGUGACUUGGACUCAGUUUUUAACAGUGCUAGCACCAUCUUCACUUUGGACAUUUAUAAAAUGAUGCGUGCGUGUGCCCCAUCCCAUGAGCUGGUGCUGGUGGGCAGAAUGUUUGUGAUAUUCAUGGUGACCAUCAGCAUUGCUUGGGUGCCGGUCAUUAUUGAGAUGCAAGGUGGCCAAAUGUACCUCUACAUCCAGGAAAUGGCAGGAUACCUGACACCUCCUAUCGCUGCUCUCUUUCUACUUGGAGUGUUCUGGAAGCGCUGCAAUGAGACAGGAGCUUUUUGGGGUGGCAUGACUGGGUUCGUGCUAGGCACCACGCGCCUCCUCCUUGGCUUUAUAUAUCGUGAGCCAAAAUGUGACCAGCCAGAUGAACGUCCAGCUUUCAUCACACAUGUCCACUAUAUGUACAUUGCUGCUGGGCUGUUUUGGAUCUCUGGGCUGGUGGCUGUGGUUGUCAGUCUGUGCACACCACCCCCAGAAAAGGAGAAAAUCCAGCGUACUACAAUCUGGGGCUUAUGUAAACUGAAACAGCUUCCUGUGACUGAACGAGAGGAGAUUUACAAACUCACUAAUAAUGGUCAUGUCCACUACAAUGGCAGCGGCAAUGGUAUUCUUCAGAAAGAAGUGCCUGAGGAUGUCCAGAAAGAGAGAUGUGUUGAUGGGGCUGACAUGAAACUCCUCAUGCCCUCCCCUUGUGAUGAAGGUCCCAUGACCCCGAGCACAGAGGCAUCCACACCAAUGGAGCUUUACAGCAAUGGCCAUGCAAAGCUUAUGAAUCAGAAGGUAGGUGACCAAAACAAGUGCGAUGAAGAGAGUCGCCUGCAGGUAUUUGACUGGAUUUGUGGGCAUAAGGAGAAGACUUCUUUUGUCGAAACCAAAGUCACUGAAGAGGAUGAAGGAACUGUCCGUGAAUUGCUUCAUGAGCCCCCAAAGAUCAAACUGUUACUUAACUUGGGCCUGGUAUUGGUCUGUUCACUGGGUAUCUUCAUGUUUGUGUACUUCUCCUUGUAGUGUGCUGAUCUUGCAUUAUCAUGAAGUUUAAGUGAUGGACAGCACAUGUGUAUCAACUAUUUGUUAUUACAAGCCAUCUAGGGUCUGUGAUAUUUACAGUGUGGUUUUUAUAACAUCCUCAUAGGGACUCACUAAACGCUUUUAAUCGUACAAUAUAAGUGAUUUAAGUGAUCUCCUUGGAUCUACAGUAUGUCGCACCUGCUUAAAAUAUUAAAGCUGUUUUUUGUGAUAUGUUGACAACCAAAUGCAUUAUUAAAACAGUGGCUUUUAUAUAGUUUAUGGACAGUCGUGCUAAGAUAAUGUAUUAAAUAAUUUUUUAGUAAUUGUGCAUUUGUAAUUGUAAGCACUCUAAGACUACCAAAGUUAUAAAACUUGUCUUCACUGUAAAUUUGCCACCUGUAUAAUGUGAAUGCAUAGGAAUGUGUUUCUUGUAACCAGCUGUGUCUGUAUGACUACAUUUGACACCUGUUUGUGCAGAAUGGAAUUUGUGAAAAAUGGAUUUUGUGAGAAAAGGUGGUAAAUUUAUCAUGAUAGCAAAGUUUUAUUAUGAUAUCAAAGUUUUAUAAAAAGUAAUUAACCAAUCACUAAGGUGUUGUGCCAUCUGACUAAACCUGGUACCAUUAACUUGUUGUACAUUCCCAGGUACAACUGAGUGUUUAGGUCCAUGCAUAAGUAAUUUUCUGUAUCAUUUGUAAUCAUUUCCGUGUAUGUAGAGCUACUUACUUUGGAUGUGUGUGAUCAAAAAAAGCCACCAAAAUGCCUUUCAUGCAGGUUGGUAGCCAUAAGCUCAAAAAACAUUGUUUUGUUCCCAUUUUGGGAUUAUUACAUGGUGAAACUGAUUCCCAAGGUUUGUUUGCUACUACACAAGACUGGUUAUCUGUGGAUGUUACAGACUGACCCUCAGAAAGUCCACAGGAAAAACACCAUCUAAAGAACACUGUUGUUAAUGUUGAAAUCUAAAUAUUAUAAAUGGAAACGUUAUGAUAUCCCAAAACAUGUCGAUUAAGACUGGGAUGUUAAAUUUUUAUUGCUGCGCAAAAUAGUAACUUGUUCUUCUAGAAGAAGAGUUUGAUUGUGGUUGAAUUAACAUGCAUUGCCUGUUAUUCUGCUGUUGAAUGUACUGUUUGUUCAGACAAAGGGGAACUUUGGCCUUAGUGAAAUGUGAAUUGGCAUGAGAGGUAACUUAUUUUUUAAGUUUAAAUUGAUAAUGUGGUAUUAAUACCUUGACAUCAAAGCACUUAAUUUAGUGAAAAAAGUGGCCUAAAGGUGCAACAAAAUUAUUUUAUUCUCUUUAUUUUUGAAAUUUGUUUGUUAAUUCUGAAGAGUAAUGUGUCAAAGUUAUUAAGAAGAGGUACAGCAUUUAUUUUAUAAGCAUAUCAUAAAUGGAGGGCUGAUUCUUGUAAAACUGUAUGUAUUAAAAUCAUGUUUUUUACUGAUAAUCUCAAUAUUGGAAAAAGAGGUUAAGAAAAGAUUCAAUAGAGAGUAUUUGCUCAUUGUUUUAUUUAUUUAUUUACUUACCCAAACCGAAUGAUUUUGGACUCAUUGUUCUAUGUUUAUAAGCAUUCUCAUCUUUGCAGUUACCAGUUUAUUUAAUUUGUUCAUAUCAUAUUUUUUUUUUUUUUUUUUUUUAAACUUGGGAAAUUGCUGAUCACUGAAUCCAGACACUGGACAUCAAUCUUACAGUUAAGGAGGACAUAUUGAUUAAACUUUAAGAAAUUAACUUACUAAAUGUUGGAUUACAAACUUUUGGGACUGCUGUGAUUAUCUAGACCUACAGUAAUUGAUUUAAAAUACCUGUGUUCUCUCUAUCCAAACCUGAUAUUAACUGCUUUAUAAAUGACAAGUAUUUUUCAUUAAAUAUUUUUCUUGUAUUGCUUGCAGGUCUAAUGAUCCAAAAAAGCAGCUUUUUUAAACACAUUGACUUUAGAAAAAAAGUUGUUGAUUUUUCUGGCAAUGCUUUAAUGGAACUUGGGGUGUGGAAAUGAUCGUGGUUUUGGAUAAACCACAGAUUUCCAAAUCAAUCGACAGGUCAACGUUUUUGAAUAUUAACCUGUGCAUUUGUCAUUAGCAUAAAUAAACAAGGCACUGACUUUUUUUAAUCAUAUUUUGAAAACACUGUUAUGUUUUUUUUUUUUAUUUGUAUUUUUUGUGCUUUGGUAAUUCAUUUAUUUAAGACUUAUUUCGUUUAACAUCACAUUUAAGUGACUACAACAAGAGGAGAUGACUCUGGGUUCAUUUUCUUCCCCAAGUUUUGUGUUCAUGUGUUUUUCUUUGUUGCUAACUAUACAGCUCUUGUUUUACAUUUGAAUUGAAUGGUGUAUAGAUUCCAAAUAUUUUUAUUGUGUGAUACAUCUUGUUUAGAUUGUGUGCAUUUCUGAAGAUUCCUUGUGUUGCUGAAAUCUGUCUGAUUUAUUAAUUCAUGGUUGUGACUUCCAUGAGCUUAGGGAGAGGCAUAUGAAGUUUUUGAAUUUAAUCUCUGAUCUUAUCAGAAAUACGCAAAUGAUUUGUACAUAUUUGCUACUUUUAUUAUAAAAAUUCGCAAAUAAAUUGAUAUUCAUUGGAGAAGGAUAAACUGUGUGAGCUUGUUUAUUUAACUUGUAUUAAGAGAAUUUAAUGUGUUUUUCUCAGCAAGUUAAAGGGUUGUUUACUGAAUGCAUAGAUCUUGUAUGAAAUUAUUUACUUGCACAUUAACAUGUUAUUGCUAUUUUGAAUUGCUUUAAGGUCAUAUUCAAAACAGUUUAACACACUUGUUUAUUGAACCACAGGAUUAUGUUCGUGAUGUUUUUUUAAAGUGAAUCAUCUGGUCUUGUCAUAGUAAUGUAUAACAUUUAUCAUGUUGCUGUUAGUGUGUCUUCAAAAUACUAAAUAUGAAAAUAAUUUAAUUCUGUUGUGUUGUCUUAAAUAAAAAUCCUGCAUA